CUGCUUCUUUUGUUGACUUCCGGAAAUCAACUUCCGGCACAUGCGAAGAACGUUUUAUGAAGAGAAAAAGCCGGUUAACUAUGAUUAUUCUCAAGCUUUGUUCUACAUAAACAAUCAACAUACAUCAAGUCAAGUGAGUUUAUCACCUUCAGUUUUGAUCAAAUUGACUGACACAACUUAUCAUCAUGAGUGCUCCCAGUGGGAAGAAAAGUCUGUCCCUGACAGUGGAACAGAUCCAGGGUGACACCAUAAUGCAGGUUGCCAGUCAGUACUGGAUUGAACAGGCUUUGAAGGAAGGAUCAACAUUUAAGCCACAGAUUGUUGAAGAUCUCUACAAAAAUGAAGUUGUUGCCUCCAAAUUUUCCACGAGACGUAUAAUGAUGUUGGAAUUCAGUCGAUACCUGGAGAAUUACCUGUGGCCUAAUUAUGAUCCCAGAAAGACAAGCACUGCCCACAUGAUGUCAAUAGCAAUCAUCGUGAAUGAGAAGAUAAGAGAAAGAGUGCCAGCAUGGGAGGUGUUUAAGAAGAAGCCCGAACACUUCCCAGAGUAUUUCCAGCAGGUGCUUGAGGCAUCACUACAGGAGAGAGACAUUACACUGAAGGAGAAGUCACUCCUCCUGGUCUUCCUCAUCCACUGCUUCAACAGUCUGGAGGUCGACCUGAUCCGUGAGCAGAUCCAGAGACUGGUGUCCCUCCCCAUCUGGGUCAACCUGCUGCCGGGCAGACUGGAAGAACUUUUCCAAGCUCAUCCAAAAUACAAGAAGUUCUUCAACUCAAUCAGAAAGAAUGAUCAGAAGCUGACUGAAGAGAAAAGGAAAAAAGUCCAGUUCGAGAGAGAAUUCCUGUCAAAACUGAUCAACACAUACUUCACUAUCCUGGACUCUAUACAGUCCUCAGGUCCAGUGGAUGACACAAAAGUGAGGUACUGUGAACGAUUCAUGGAGCUGAUGAUCGACAUUGAAGCUCAGCUUCCAACUCGCCGUUUCUUCAAUCUCCUCAUGGACAGUGCUCACGUCAUCGUCCGCAGCAAACUCUCCAAACUCCGGAAAAGAGAAGAGGGAAAGCUCUAUGGACAGCUCCUUGACAUGCUGGCAGUCUAUGGUGGCUUCGAGAUUGAUGAGCAGACUGGGGAGGCCCUGACCGUACAUGACAGGAUCGACCUUCAUUAUAAUCGGGUCACCAAACUCCAGAAAGUCAUGUUCCAACAUUACCCUGACCUGCAGAGUUUUGCCAUCUGUAAUGUGGCCAGUGUGGACACUAGACAGAACCUCUUCAAACACUUCCAGCCUCUCAGUAACAUGGACCUGCACAAGAUCCUGGCCCUACUGAAUUACCUCCCCUACCCAGAGGAGGGCCAGAAGGAUGUGUAUGACACAGAAUUCAUGCUGCAUCUCAUGGUGUCAAAACAUGAGCGUCACCCAUCUCAGCUGGAGGAGAUUAAUGACAUGCCACUGUAUCCAACAGAAGACAUCAUCUGGGACGAGAACAUUGUACCCACUGAGUUCUUCUCAGGAGAAGGCUGCCUGGCACUGCCCAAGCUGAACCUCCAGUUCCUGACACUCCAUGACUACCUCCUGAAGAACUUCAACCUCUUCAGACUCGAGUCCACAUAUGAAAUCAGACAGGACAUCGAAGACGCAGUGUCACACAUGAAGCCAUGGAGAGCAGAAGAUGGUCAUUGUUUGUUUGGGGGCUGGGCAAGAAUGGCGCAGCCUAUUGCUGCAUUCAGUGUUGUGGAGGUUGCCAAGCCCCUGAUUGGUGAAAACCAUCCAGCCCAGGUUCGAGCAGACAUCAGCCUCAACCUGAGUGUCAGGCCAGAAGUCAAAUGGGAGUGGGAAGGUUUGAGGAAGCAUGACGUGGCCUUCCUGGUGACACUGCGUCCUUCAGUAUCCAUCGGAUACCAGUACCGACACAAAGAACCCUUCAUCCCACAGGUUGGCCUGGCCUACGUCCGGGGCUGUGAGAUAGAGGGCAUGUUGGACGAUGCAGGAAAAGUCAUUGAGGAGGGUCCGGAGCCCAAGCCAGAUUUAAAGGGGGACACGAGGACGUUCCGGGUGUGGCUGGAUCCCAACCAGUACCAGCAGGACAUGACCAACACUGUGAAUGGAGGAGAGGAUGUGUAUGAAACAUUUAACGUGAUGAUGAGACGUAAACCAAAGGAGAACAACUUCAAGGCUGUGUUGGAGACGAUCCGGGACCUAAUGAACACUGACUGUGUGGUGCCAGACUGGCUGCACGACCUCAUCCUGGGAUACGGGGAGCCGGAUGCAGCUCAUUAUGAUAAAAUGCCAAACAAGAUCCCCAGUCUGGACUGGAAUGACACAUUCCUUCACCUUGACCAUCUCAAGGCCAGUUUCCUAGACCACCAGAUCACCGUGGCAACAGAUGACAAGGAGAAACAAGUUCCACCUUUCAGGAUCAACUUUAAAGAAGAGAAGUCUGAGAGCAAGAGAAAGGAGGGUGUUGACCAUCCAUCAGUGAGUUUGACUGCAGAGGUUCAGCCUCAUGUAACACCAAACAGAGGACCCUACCCCUACAACCAGCCACGAAGGAACUCCAUCCGGUUCACCCCGACUCAGAUCGAGGCUAUCCGGGCAGGGAUGCAGCCAGGGCUGACCAUGGUGGUCGGACCCCCGGGAACGGGUAAAACUGACGUGGCGGUACAGAUCAUCUCCAACAUCUACCACAACUUCCCCGACCAGAGGACGCUGAUAGUCACACACUCUAACCAGGCCUUGAACCAGCUAUUUGAGAAGAUCAUGGCUUUAGACAUUGAUGAAAGACAUUUGCUACGUCUGGGUCAUGGUGAAGAGGCUCUUGAAACUGAGAAAGAUUUCAGCAGAUAUGGUCGCGUUAAUUAUGUUCUGGCUCAGCGACUCGAACUGCUGGAGGAAGUGGCAAGGUUGCAAGGCAGUCUGGGAGUAACAGGAGAUAUGUCGUACACGUGUGAGACCGCUGGCUACUUCUAUCUGUACCAGGUAUUAGCAAGAUGGGAAGAAUUUCUGAGUAAGCUGAGAGCCACCAAGGAUAAAGAGCAGAAUGUGAAAGUGAUCGAUGAGAUAUUCCCCUUUAAGAAAUUCUUCGACAAUGCACCGCAACCUUUGUUCAAGCGACGCAGCUAUGCAGAGGAUCUGGACAUCUCAGAGGGAUGCUUUAGACAUAUCAAGAAAAUAUUCACACAACUGGAGGAGUUCCGAGCGUUUGAGUUGUUGCGGAGUGGAGCUGACCGAGCCAACUACCUGCUGAUCAAGGAAGCCAAGAUUAUUGCCAUGACCUGUACCCAUGCUGCCUUAAAGAGGAGGGAUCUCGUCAGUGUGGGCUUCAAGUUUGACAACAUUCUGAUGGAGGAAGCAGCACAGAUUCUGGAGAUUGAGACCUUCAUCCCUCUCCUGCUGCAGAACCCAGAGGAUGGUAACAACCGCCUGAAGCGAUGGAUCAUGAUCGGCGACCACCACCAGCUGCCCCCCGUCAUCAAGAACAUGGCCUUCCAGAAGUUCUCAAACAUGGAGCAGUCCCUCUUCACUCGGCUGGUCCGACUUGGAGUGCCAACCGUGGACCUAGACGCACAAGGGAGAGCCAGAGCAAGUUUGGCCAGUCUGUACAACUGGCGCUACAAGAAGCUGGGGAGUCUCCCCCACGUCCUCAACCGUCCAGAGUUCCAGAUGGCCAAUCCAGGCUUUGUGUUUGACUAUCAGCUGGUGGAUGUUGGUGACUUCAAUGGUGUUGGGGAGUCGGAGCCAAACCCAUACUUCUAUCAGAACUUGGCAGAGGCGGAGUAUGUCGUGGCUCUGUUCAUGUACAUGCGGCUGAUUGGCUACCCUGCAGAGAAGAUCUCCAUCCUUACAACAUACAACGGACAGAAACAUCUUAUCCGAGACGUCAUACACCAGCGCUGCGGAGACAACCCAUUCAUUGGCAGACCUCACAAGGUGACUACUGUGGACAGGUACCAGGGUCAGCAGAACGACUACAUCUUGUUGUCGCUCGUUAGGACCAAGACCGUCGGACAUCUCAGAGAUGUCCGCCGUCUGGUUGUGGCUAUGUCCCGAGCUCGACUUGGUCUAUACAUCUUCGCUAGAGUCGGUCUCUUCAGCAACUGCUAUGAGCUUACACCAACAUUCAACAGGUUAACGUCCCGACCUCUGAAGCUUCACAUCGUGCCCCAGGAGGGGUUCCCACCCGGGAGACAGGUACAAGAGCGUCCAGACAGCACCCCGCUAGUCAUCGAUGACAUGUCACAGAUGGCCCAGUUUGUGUUUGACUUCUACAACUCCAAGGUUGACAUGCUGAUGAGACAGAGAGGCUUUACCAAGCCAACACGACUGCGACAGCCUCCUCAGAAUAAAAAAACUCCAGCAGAAUGAACAAGAAGGUGUUAUUAUCAGGAAUGACAGGGGCAUUCUGGCUUGGUAGGAUGUACUCAAGCUGAUGGCAAGACCAGCCACAGGUACCAUGGGCCAGUCUACGUCCGCUGGUGCUGCCGCUGUUACUGCUGCCGUCACUGGACUGAAGAUGUCAGAACCUGCACCAUCGCGACCCAGUCUGCUGCUCAACAGAUAUAAACACUGUCAGAAUGUAGGAGGAAUCGUGGAGGAUUGUGUGGAAUCCUUUCAGUGACAAGUGCAUUAGUGGUGGGUGGUUAUUCUGAUGCUCCUAAUGUACAGGGGGGCCUGGUGGUUGGGGGCAUGGCAAGAGGAGUUGGUAGUAUGGCUGGCCAUUUUUCUUUUCUUUUUGUGUGUGUGUCUGAGCAUGUUUGUUUGUCUGUUUGUCUGCCUGUUGUGCUUCUGUGUGUGCGUGCGUGUGCGUGUG